AUGCAAAGGAUAAUAUAUGGCGACUUCCUACAAUGGAGCGAAUCCAUUUUAAGAAAAAUUUUACGUCCAAGGAAGUAUCUCUUAUUUUUUAUAAUUUUUCGAUUAUUUAAUUGUUUAUUCGUUCGAACGUCCUUUUUCCCUGAUGAAUAUGCUCAAUCAAUAGAAAUCUCACAUUAUUGGGUAUUUGGCUAUGGGCAUAUGCCUUGGGAGUGGGAACCAUGUAUAUCCUUAAGAUCUGUUGUUCAUCCUUUCAUAUAUGCUAUAUUAUUUUAUAUUUUGAAAAUUACCGAGUUAGAUACCCCAUUCUUUGUUUUAUAUGUACCUAAAAUUUUUCAAGGGUUAUGUGCAGCUUUUGGCGAUUAUGGUUUUAUGAAAUUGAUUUUUUUAUGGUAUAUCAGAUUAUAUAGGGAAAAGGAAAAAAAGGGUAAAACUAAUAAUCAGCUCAUUUAUACAAUUUUAGCUUGUUAUUUUUUUUGUUGGUUUCACAUCUAUUCCAUAUGUAGAACGUCAUCUAACUCAUUUGAGUGUAUAUUCAACAUAUGGGGGAUUUAUUAUCUAUCCAAAAAUUAUUACGCCCCUGUUCCCCUAAAUGGAAAUAAAAGUGUACUUUAUCCAAAUGAUUGUAGUCAAAAUGGAGAUGACCAAGCAGUGGUUACUAGUUCAACGGGGGUGUUCGAUUUCCCUUUAAAAGGUCAAGCUAUAGGCUGUUUGAAAAGGAGAAAUCGUACGAGGGGAAGCGGCAGUGGUGGAUGUAAGAGUGGAAGUGGCGAUAAUGCUUAUACAUAUCAUUGCGCAUCAAAAGAUGUACACGAUACACAAAAUAAUUUUAAGCAAGUAGAGUAUAACAAAUUGGUAGGUUUAUCUAAAAGCAAAUAUCUUCAUAUACAAAAUUUAUUGCUGAGUUUAAGUUUUAGUAUCUUUUGUAUUAUGAUGAGACCGAGUGCGGCAUUGUUCUGGGUGUGUAUAUAUAUAUCUUAUUUUAUAAAACAUCUGGAUGGUGAAAAUAUACUAAAGUGGAAGGAAGUUUUAGUUAUAGGAUGUUUGUAUGUGUUUAUAUUACUAAUUAUUAUUAUUGUUAUCGAUUCAUAUUAUUAUGGUAAAAUAACAGUAUCGCCAUACAACUUUUUUGUAUUUAAUAUUUUAAGUGGAGAAAAUAUUUAUUUUGGAAAACAUUCUUUUUUUUUUUUUUUUUUAUGUGUAAUACCAUCCAUUUAUUUACUAUUUACUGUUUUUACUUUCUAUGGUUAUGUUGAUAUAUGGAAAAAUAUGAUAAAUAAAAAAAAAAAAAAAAAAAAUUUAUUUCAUUUAGCAUUUUCAAGAAUAGAUUAUGUAGUGUACAUAUCGACUUUUGUUGAAGUAAUAUUUUUAUCCUUUAGUAAACACAAGGAGCACAAAAUGGUUAUAGGGUACCUCCCAUUCUUAAGUGCACAUACCGGUGUGACCUUGCACAAAGUUACGUGCGAUGCGAAGAAUGACGAGAAGGAAGUGUACACAGGUGGGAAAAAUGAGAAAAAUGAAAAAAAUGGACAAGAUGAGAAAAAUGUACAAGAUGAGAAAAAUGUAGAAGGUGAGAAAAAUGUAGAAGGUGAGAAAAAUGUAGAAGGUGAGAAAAAUGUACAAGAUGAGAAAAAUGAAAAAAAUGGACAAGAUGCAAAAAAUCAAAGAACAAAAAAAUUCCUUUUUUUCCUCAUUAAUUUUAACUUUUUUCUUCAUUUAAUAUGUACCCUUUUUUUCUGUCUUGUUCAUAAUAGUUCUCCCGAAAAAGUAAUGGCAUAUUUUAGAAACUUAAAAACAAACAAGGACGAAGAUAUUACCAUAUUUAUAACAGAUUGUUAUGAUACCCCUUUAUAUUCCCAUAUACAUAGAAAAUUUAAAAUUGGCUUUUUAGACUGUUCUCCACAUAUUAAAAAAAUAAAUGGAGAGUUCCUAUAUAAUUGGAGGAAGCGUAUAUAUGAUGAUAAUUUUGGGAAUUUAUUUUAUAACAUGUUUAAUAAGAAAAACGAUAUACAUUAUAUAAAUAUGAGAGAGCCAUAUAUCCUACCAGAUGAAUCAUUUUAUUGGUUUGGUCAUCAUCACCAUUAUCAACAAAAUCUUAAUCAAACAAAACAAUUUAAGUUUCAAUAUGAAAAAAUAAAUUAUGCAUGUUUGGAAUACCGUUUUUCUAAUUCGCUUAAGGGUGAGCUUCCCCUCUAUGUUGUCACAAAUUCGCUUGUCUUAAAUUCUUUGAAUAUUUUUCUAAAAAAAUUUAAUUAUCAUCUGGAUACGGAUCCUAUAUUUUCUUAUUUCGUAUUAGAACAAGGCAUGACUUUAGCGCCCGUCAAUCAUUACAUUUUUAAGAGGACCCACCAGGUUUAG